AUGUCCACACGUUACUGGGGAUUCUUCAAGAUUGGUCAAGCUUACCUCAACGUCAGCCUGAACUUUGGAGCACAACAACACAACACAUUGGCGGCUUUGGCAAAGAGAUCUCUUGACUUCAUGAUACCUACUGAAUACUGCCACGGGGUAUAUGGUCUCUACUAUUACAUCGUCCAUAGUAUCCUGCCGGGCAAGUCGAUUGCCGAGGUGUUACCAAAGACAGACGAUGAUGCCGUGAAGGCAGGGUGGGGGCAACAGAUAGCAGAAGCCUACGACCAACUGUCCAAGUGGCAUGGAGAUCGUAUUUGCGGCGUUGACGGCGGGAAUCUGGGGUCCUUCUAUACUACCAAAAACGGCCCGUUCGACGAUUUCAGUAUUUAUGCCCCGGACAAGUUCCAAAAGAACUAUGAGGAGGUGGGCCUAGACUGCUCCGAAUUCGUCUUCGCUCACAACCAUAUGAUGCCGCUUGCAUUCAUGCUUGAUGAGAGCAACAAACUAAUCGGAAUCAACUUUUGGGGCGAUGCUGGCUUCGUUCCCAAGGACCUCGUUCGUACCGUUACGCGCAGCAACAGUUUUCGCGAAUCUGUUGUCAUGUGUAAUGAGUAUAAUUGGACUCCAAAAGACCAGUGGCAGUGGAAGAGAUGGGUUGACAAUCCACUCGGGGAGAAGGGGUUCCGGGAGUUUUGGUACGCGAUGCACGUCUGGAGCUUGCCCGACGACCACCCCAACAAAGCCAUGGGCGUGGCAUCAUUGAAAGACGAGGCUCUUCUUGCAAUUCAUGGCGUUUGGUAG